AUGAAACCGGUGUCCUGUUGCUUGUUUCUCGUCAUCGCUGGCUUCUUAGCCAUCUCACAUGCACGUGAGACCUCCAUCACACCAGCUGACUGCACCAAUUAUGACUGGGCCUGUGAUUCUGAUGUAUACAAUGAUAGAGCUGAAGAGCUCGAGGAUGGACUGCAGAAAUGGAAUGGGCUGCAGAAACGGGAUGAAACGCAGAAACGGGAUGGACUGCAGAAACUGGGCAGAGCACAAACAUUCAAGACUAAAAUCAGAGCUAUGGGCAACAUAAUGAAACAAGAAGAGGAACAAAAAGAAGCAAAUUCUCAUAGCAAGUUCAUUACCAGAGCUCUGACUCUAGACGAAGACUGGGACAAGUCAGAUGAAGACUGGGACAAGUUAGAUGAAGACUGGGACAAGUCAGAUGAAGACUGGGACAAGUCAGAUGAAGACUGGGACAAGUUAGAUGAAGACUGGGACAAGUCAGAUGAAGACUGGGACAAGUCAGAUGAAGACUGGGACAACUGGGAGAGAACCGGGAUUUCAAAGGUUACCCAAAUUAAGGCACCAAGAAGAUAAUCCAAUUCAAAAUUGAAACAAUUACGUGUCAGGAUCCGCUGAUUUCCGUGUUAACAGCCAUGUGGCUGUUGUCUAACAGCGUAGACAUUAGAUUUCUGUUGCAUGGUUUGUGAUAUGUCUGUAAAAGUUGGAAGAAUUGUCGGCAAUUCA